GGACAUGAAUGACAUUUGUAGCUAGCACACAAACAGGGAAUUACUCAGUUAGACAAACCUGAGACAUAUGUUGGACAUAGUGCUAGAGCGAGAUGCUAGUGUGGCCAUUUAGCGCUAAAUCUAAAAAAGUAUUUAGUAGUUUGAGCUAAAACUAACCUAGAAUGGUGUUUUUCAGGACUUUAAAACCCUUGUUCACAGGCUCCAGACCCUGGAUUCAUGUAAGGUGCAUCCAGCUCAGAUAUUGCUCUAAUGUAGCGACCACCAGUGUCAAUAAGAGAGGGAGGACAACCGUGGACAAGUUUAAGACUCAUCUGUCCUCUGGUCCAAGUUUUAAGGAUUUCAUUAAAGGUGUUGAUGCUGCUCAACAUGGACAUCAGUCAGACACAGAUGACGACCUUUAUGAGGACAUGGAGAUGGGCAAUUCAAGGAAAGUGUAUUUUGAAACGUAUGGAUGCCAAAUGAAUGAGAAUGACACAGAAAUAGCCUGGUCCAUACUGCAGAAGAAGGGAUAUCAACGCACAGUAUAUUUAAAUGAGGCAGAUGUUGUCCUCCUGGUGACAUGCUCUAUAAGAGAAAAAGCUGAACAAACUAUUUGGAAUCGAUUACAAGAACUGACAGUUAUGAAAAGGCGCCGGCUGAGGACCCACGCACCAAUGAAAAUUGGGAUUUUAGGUUGCAUGGCAGAGAGGCUUAAGACUGAGCUGUUGGAGCGGGAGAAGCUGGUGGACGUUCUUGCAGGUCCAGAUGCUUACAGGGACCUUCCCCGCCUCCUCACUGUAGCUGAUGGAGGUCAGCAGGCCAGCAAUGUUCUGCUGUCAUUAGAGGAGACCUACGCUGACAUCAUGCCUGUUCAGCAUGCCCCUCAUGGACACAGCGCUUUUGUGUCCAUCAUGCGAGGCUGUGACAACAUGUGCAGUUACUGCAUUGUUCCUUUCACCCGAGGCCGAGAGAGGAGUCGACCUGUCAGUUCAAUUCUAGACGAAGUCCGCAUGCUGUCUGACCAGGGUGUGAAGGAGGUGACGUUGCUGGGUCAGAAUGUGAACAGCUACAGAGACACGUCAGAGGAACAGUUCUGUGGCUCAGACCUGACCAGACUCAGUCCCGGCUUUAAGACGGUCUACCGCUCGAAGCGGGGAGGACUGCGCUUCUCCGACCUGCUGGAUCAAGUGUCGCGCAUCGAUCCUGACAUGAGGAUCAGAUUCACCUCCCCUCAUCCCAAAGAUUUCCCUGACGAGGUUUUGCAUCUUAUUGCAGAGCGAGGGAACGUUUGUAAGCAGAUUCACCUUCCAGCCCAGAGUGGAAGCAGCCAGGUCCUGAAAGCGAUGCGUCGUGGCUACACACGAGAGGCUUACCUUGAUCUUGUCAAGAGCAUUAAGAGAAUCAUCCCAGAUGUGAGUCUCAGCAGUGACUUCAUCUCAGGCUUCUGUGGAGAGUCGGAGGACGAUCACCAGCAGACCCUGUCUCUGAUCAGAGAGGUUGGCUACAACGUUGGAUUCCUGUUUGCCUACAGUAUGAGAAAGAAAACCCACGCCCACCAUCGGCUACAAGACGACGUGCCAGCAGAGGUGAAGCGGCGGAGGGUGGAGGAGUGUAUCACCGUGUUCAGGGAGGAGGCUGCGAGGGUCAACGCUGCUCUCAUCGGCAGCACACAGCUUGUCCUGGUGGAGGGAGACAGUAAGAGAUCUGCUGAGGAGCUGUGUGGACGAGCUGACGGCAACCUCAAAGUGAUUUUCCCCAAAGAAGAUUUAGCUGUUCAAGCAGCAGAGUCCAACACUGCACCCAUCACUGCUGGAGACUAUGUGCUGGUGAAGAUAUUGUCGGCCAACUCCCAAAGCAUGCGAGGUCAAGCUCUCAGUUGCAGCUCUCUGAGGGGCACAGGGAAAAACUAUGAGACUCUGCCGGAGCACGAGGUUGAUGAACGUGGCUCCACCAUGAUCGAGAGCUGCCACUGAUUGACAAAGGUAACGCCACAGGAAACUCACUAGCUCCGCCUCUUUCUCUUCUCUGGCUACAAAGACACACUGUGGGUGUUUUUACAGACACUUUGAUCCAGUCCCACUGAACUGCACUGAUGGGCUACAACAGCUAUAAUGUGUUAUUUAUUUAUUUUCACAGUCACCACCAACUAUGUGCAUGUACAUUCUGAACUCCUGAACACAAACUGUUUUUUGAAGUUUUUUGAAGUUCAGCCAUUAAAAUUAAAAGAAUCCUGCUUGUUUUGCAGCAGAGUGCUUGUUUGGUGCUUUUAUUUUCUUUUUCCGGGAGAUUCUUCAAAGAAAUAUCAUUGAUCAGCAAUUCUUUUGUGCUACAGAGUCAGAAACUUUGAAAAAGAAUUUGUCAGCAGCAGAAAGUGCUGUGUUCUGCUCUGCUCGGAGCCUGUUAUUACAGAAAAGAUGACUGUGUU